AAAAAUAAAUUUUAUGUUUCACCCAACAAAACUGAUUGACGGAGAACAGAAAGCAAAAAACACAAAAAAACACACACACACACUUUCAUGAACUGUCCAUUUACCCUCAGCAGUUUUCGACACUCUUUUCCUGACGCUCUUUUCUUACUCACCAUUUACUUUUCCAUAUAUAUAUAUAUAUAUAUUUAGUGCUGUACUCCUGAGAAAGAAGAUAAAUUUUAUGUUGUACUCCUGAGAAAGAAGUCAAAUUUGUUCGUCACUUUUUGUUUAAGAUGGCCAAUAUUGGUGGAAACUGUGAGAACGUGAGUGAUAAUAUCCAACAAAAUAAUAUUUUGGAAGUGUUCAACAAUGGUUAUUUUGAGAAUAUUCAAAAUAUAGUUGUAGCAAGGGAUGAAGUUCCUAUGGUGGGAUUACAAGAAGCUCCUAGGUAUGAAAUUGAGGUUAAUUAUAACCAGUUUGGGGCAAAUCCUCCUCCUGAAAUGAAUCCAGUGGAGGAUUAUUUUGUACAAAAUAAUGAAAAUUCUGGCUCCCCCUUAUUGUAUAAUCCUUCAUCCCCACAAAAUUCACCGGGUUCGGAAUCAUCGACGAAUGCUAAACCCGAUCAUAUGAACCGAGCAAGUGAUCUUCUUAUGGCGGUCUCGAUAGGAGCUGGUCUGAACAAGAACAAAAUCAUCGAACAAGCUGUGGAAGCCAUGGAAGAGCUGUUUAAGUUGGCAAUAAUGGGUGAACCACUAUGGCAACACAAUGGAAACGGUGGAAUGGAGACUCUAAAUGGGUUUCAAUACUUGAGGGAAUUUGGUAGCUUUGAUGCAACAAUGGAACAGAUAAUGAGGAUGGUUGAAGUUGGUGAACCCCAAUGUUUCCUAAGCUCUGAUUGCAACUGUAACUUUGAUCAGGAUGUCCCCUCAUCCUUUUCGAAACUCAAUUUCGAGCCUUUGAAUAUCGAAACUUCUCGAGAGACCGCAUUUGUUGAGAUGAACCCUAUGAACAUCGUCCAAUUGCUCAUGGAUACGAAACAAUGGGCGACAACAUUUUACAGCAUUGUCUCGAGGACAACAUUGUUAGGAGUUAUAUUAGAAAACGUUGAUGGGAGCUACAAUGGAGUUCUUCAAGUGAUGUCAGCAGAGUUUCAUCAGCGUACACCAUUAAUACCAGCAAGACAAUGCUAUUUCGCAAGGUACUGUAAAAAGCACAGAAAUGGAACAUGGGGAGUGGUUGAUGUUUCCUUGGAGAGUUUAUUCCCAUAUCCACAGGUACAGUUUCGAAGAAGGCCAUCAGGUUGUGUAAUCCAAGAAGUAGGCAAUAGAGGGUCAAAGGUAACAUGGAUUGAACAUGUUGAAGUUGAUAACAGAUCACUUCACCCUCUCUUUCGUCCCAUUGUUAGCUCAGGUUUUGCAUUUAGUGCCAAACGAUGGAUUGCAACCAUCAACAGGCACUGCCAAUGGCUCACAACUUCAACGGCUAGAACCGCUCCUUCAACUGAUGGGGUUUUAAUACCACAAGAAGGGAGGGAGAGUCUGCUGAAAUUGGCUGAAAAGAUGACUAAGAAUUUUUUCAACAAUAUCAAUUCAUGUUCUGAGAAUUUCAAAAUUGGAAUCACAUCAAACACACUUUAA